AUGAUUUUCUCCACCGCUGCAGUGUUGGGUGCCACUCUGGGCACGGCGUCGGGGAUCCUUACCUUGUGCGGCCUCUCGCUGCUCUGUAAGUCCUGUAAGAAGGGCAAGCUGGAGCAAGGGGACAGCGCUGACCCGGAGAAAGCCAAGCCGAGCGUCCUGCAUUCUCCACAGAAGUUUAGUGUGCUGAAAUCUACGGAGUCCAUCCAGCCUCGCUCGCUCCUGAAAUUCCCCAUCUUCUACAAACCCAAGCCCUGUGUGACGUCAUCAGAGGUGGUGAACUACACGGAGCACAACACAGAGGCUGUGGACGCGCCUGCCACAGAGAAACCGAACGCUGAACACGACAGCUGUAACCAAGCAACGGAGGGGUCACAGGAUGUCUUUGUCAUACCCAGGCAAGAUUCUACGGAGGAGAAGCCCUGUGGUACAGAGGCGACCCACACGAUGCCAAACAGCAGCUCUGUCCUUCAGCCCAAACUGCAUUUCUCCCUUACAUUCAACGCCCAGAGCAAGGAACUGCGAAUUACCGUUAUACAAGCGGAGCAGGUGCUGGUUGAUGCUGGCUGCGAGGGGUACGUGUUGGGGACGUUAAAAAUGGAGGCGGAGCAGAGACAGGCUCAGACGUCGGUGAAGCGUCUGACGGGCCGCGUGCAGUGGGGGGAGGACCUGGCGUUCUCUCUGCCGCGCGGCUACAAGGUGGAGGGCGAGGUGUCCCUCACGCUCCUCAGCUGCGACCGCUUCUCCCGCAACACCAACCUGGGCACCAUGAGGUUCAAACUGGCCGACGUGGGAAUGAUGUCAGGCGCUGAAUGCUGGGUCGACCUGCAGCCUCCCAAACAGCAGGAUGUGACAUCAGCCGGGGAGCUCCUCCUGUCGGUGAGUUUCCUGCCGGCUGCGAACCGCCUGGGCGUGGUUGUCAUGAAGGCCAGAGGACUACGGUCUGAGAAACUGAAGGAGACAAUAGACCUGUCUGUGAAGCUGACUCUGAAACACCAGGCCGCCAAGCUAAAGAAGAAGCAGACCCGGCGUGUGAAGCAUAAGAUGAACCCCGUGUGGAACGAGAUGCUGAUGCUGGAGCUGCCCAGAGAGCUGCUGGCCAAAUCCAGCCUGGAGCUGGAGGUUCUGAACCAGGCCGGGCCGGGCCAGCUCCACACCUUGGGCCGCUGCCAGCUGGGCGUUCAGGCCUCUGGUACCGGCCUGCAGCACUGGCAGCAGAUGCUGGACAACCCACGGAAGCAGAUCGCCAUGUGGCACCCCCUCUACUCCUAAGACCUUCACCCAUUGGCUCUACAUGCGGAAACGCCACAUCGCCACUCACCACUAGAGGCCGCCACCUAUCUACACUGCUCCAAAGAGCACCAUCACCUUUAAUCUAUGUCUGACUAUACAACCACUCUGCUACACCUUACUACACUCAGCUCCACCUGU